CCUCAAAUCACCACCUCUCCGAACAUGUUCGACGUUUGUUGACGCAGCUCUCAAAGCGUUAUUACGGCUAAAAUACGUGGACGUGUGUCAGUAAAUCGGUAAAUAAAAAAAGCGUAGUAACCUUUUACAAAGUGAGGUUCAGGCCCGGAGCGUGUUUUUGUGUAAACGUCGUUGUUGGCGCAGACUGACCCGGGGGGGGGACGCACCUGCUCCAGGAAGAGAGGAAGCUGCUCCCCGUGCUUUGAACCGAGAGUGUGUGAGGCUGUUGCAGCUGGGUGAUAGGACCGAGUGGGAGGAACAGCUUCCCCUUGCUUUUACUCAGAAAAAAAAACAUAAUGACAAGACCUCCUCUUGAAGCUGCUGCAGCAGUGGUGGAUUUGGCUCCAAGUUUCCUGCAUUGCACAAUCUUUCCUGUAUGCUCGGAGAGAUAAAGAAGAAGAAAACCAUCGAGAAAGAGCAAAAGAGAGGAGAGGGCUCAGAAGACGCUGUUGAAGAUAAAGUAUCCGAGAAAAUAUCGAGAGCUCGAGUGGGAAGCAGGGAACUCAGGAUGGAGCGAAGAACACUGCAGCACAAUGAGGGUUAAAGAGGAGGAAGGAUCCGAAGAGCAGCCUUUCGCACCCCACUCGGUUCUCUGAAGAAGCAAGAAAAGGCAUCCACCGUGGAGGCGAGAAGGAGAAGGAGGAGGGGGGCUGAGGAGGAGGAAGCCAGAGGUUCUACACACAAGAUGGCUGCUGUGUCCUCUGCCUCUGACUCCGGAGAACCUCGAGGACGCCAUCCUCCUGAGCGUCGACUGCUCAUCCUCGGGGGACCACAGUCAGGCAAGACCUCCUCUGCCAACACCAUCCUGGGGGACGAGUUCUUCGAUGCUGGGACGGAGACCACACACAGCAACGUGGGCCAAACGGAGAUCUUCGGCCGGCGCGUGACGGUGGUCGACACUCCGUCGUGGGCCAUCCCCGCUGACUCCGAGGACGACGAAGAAGCUGACACUGACAACAAUGCUGGCGCAGAGUCAGGAAGCCCAGCACGGCCUCCGCCAAGCCUGGACAGCGAGGGGCCAUGCAUGGGGGCCAUCCUCUGCCCUCCUGGACCCCACGCCAUCCUGCUAGUGGUGUCAGUCACCCGACCCUUCACCGACACAGAUAGGAGGGCUGCAGAGGAGCAGCUGUCAGCUUUGGGUGGGGGGACCUGGAGGUACUGCAUGGUCCUCUUCACUGGAAUGGACAAGCUGCCCAAAGGUGUAUUUAUAGAGGCGCACAUCGCCGACACGGGAGACUCCCUGCAGUGGCUGGUGGAGAGGUGUGGGAGCAGGUAUCAUGCCUUUGAUAACACUCGAAAAGACGCAGAGGAAAACACCCAAGUACCCGAGCUGAUGGAGAAGGUGGAGGAAAUGAUCACCGACAACCAGGGCUGGUACUUUGAGGUGAAUGAAUUGAUUUUACUGGAGGAGGAGCAGGCCAGGAGAGCUCUGGAGGAAGAGAGGAUGAGGAUGGAGGAGCAUGCCAGGCAGAGGGAGCAGAUGAUUGGAGGACCGCCUAGAGAGUUAAGGUUGCUGUUACUGGGCUGGAAGGGCGUAGGGAAGAGCUCCGUGGGGAACACCAUCCUGGGCCGUCGGUUUUUUGAGUCGGGUCAGGAGACGGAGCUGUGCCUCAGAAGGCAAGCGCUCGUGUGCGGCCGUCGCGUCACCGUCGUCGACACCCCAGGCUGGGACUGGUUCUCAGUAAGGCGGACCCCGAAGCGGAUCCGACAGGAGACGCAGCGAGGGGCCGCCCUGCUGCGACCAGGACCCCACACCCUGCUGCUGGUCCUGCCCGUCGUCUCGUCGCUCACCGCCAGGAAGAGGAGGACGCUCCUGGCUCACAUAGAGACUCUGUUUGGUGACAGCGCGUGCCUCCACACCAUGGUGCUGUUCAGCUGCGGGGACUGGCUGGGACGCACCCCCAUCGAGGAGCACAUCCUGAGAGGGGGGCGGGAGCUGCAGAGACUGCUGGAGCACUGUGGGAACUAUUACCACGUUCUGGACAGUAAGACGCCCGGGAAGGACAGGAGCGUGUCUCUUCUGCUGGAUCGGAUCGAAGAGAUGAUCAGGGAGAACGGCGACAGGGCCUUCCUCCCCAUCCAGGACGAGUGGUUGAGUGAAGAGAGCUCCUACUCCUCUGACAACACGGAACCGGAGGACGACUGUCGGGGAUGCCAGCUGCAGUGACACAAGGGUGUUUAAGGAGACGUUGUCCGCCUCUUCGCAUUCUGAGCCUUCAGCAGGCCCCAGCAUCGCCUCACGUAACUUUAACCUCAUCCACGUAACCUUCUGACGAGCUUCAGGGAAGAACUAACCGUUAGGAGCAACAGUCCUAAAAUAAGUAGCUCUUUGUUCAAAACACAGACCAUACCCACUGUUCACCCAGUCUUAACUAGCAGUAGACUCACAACCAUGUCCAGAUUUCACUGUAGACAAACCCUUCAAACCAAAGAGGGGGAGAAAUGUUCUGCUACGAGAAGCUAGAAGUCCCACUGUUAACGAGACGUGUUCAGCCUGCUCUGGUACACUCAGCAACAUGCUGCAGCAAAUCUGUCCUGAAAACAACCAUUUCUCUGUGUAUGUCGUACGGUCAUCUUCAGCUGCCUCUUCUGCUCAUUGCUGUUCAUUCUGAGUCACUAGUUGAAGUAAAAGCCGAAACUAAAAAAAAAACAAGGUAGUGGGAAAGGAACGAUAAAAGAACGUGCGCUUCAACCCUCAGAGCAGAAACGUGUACAAAGCUUUCAGUUUGUGUGCCCCGCUAAUAUAAAAGCAGCCCCGGCUCAUUCAUCGUUCUUUUUUCCGGAUAUUAAAAUGUCCUUCAUUAAACAUUAAAUAGACUGCUCAGGGUUGAACUGAUCCCCUCGGGGGGGCGGAGGGGAUUCUGGCACCUUUACGAGAACUCUGAUUGAUUCCCUUUGAUUAAAUGCAGACGGGAUUCGUGGAUUAAAUCAAAUUGGAGUCUCUCUCUGUGACCGUUUGUCUUUAGGUUGAGGGAAAUUCUCCGAAUUAAUUUCUUUACGUUCUUUUGUUCUAAAACAAAAGCGGUAGAUAUUUUCUAACACCACAGCUCAAGCCUUUAUCCUCGAGAAGAGCGAAAGGGAUUAAAAGAAGGCUGCCCGGAGAGGGUGCAGAGUCAGAUCCCCGCGGAGCAGCUCGGGUCGGUCAUGCAUCCAGCACAAAUAUCGACAAGGUAGAUCCAUUUAACGUGCCUCAGCAUCAAAGCGUGACUCAAAGCCCUGCCGCAGCGGAGUUGUGUCUUCAGCGCUACAUCGAGCUUUCUCAUGCUACAGAAACUAAAUAACCUCAUGAACCAUUCAAGCUCACGUUGGGCUUUUACUACCUGCGUACCCUUUUUUACAUCGGCGAGCAUCUGUGGUGAUGUUUACAGAAAAACAAAAGAAUACGUUGAUGUAUGUUCUGCUGUCAGAGGCAUGUUGAAACACCGCAUGCAAACAAACGAGUGCCUAUAGAGUUGAAGGCAAGCUCACGUUCUAUUCCUCUGACUCUGAAUUUCUUGUUACGUCUAAAAAAAAAAAGAAAAAAUCAAUUAAUAAAAGGAGGAAAUUCACAGAACGGAACAGCUAAAUCAUUUGGGACAGAUACCACUGCCAGGCUGCAAAGAUACAUUUUCUCUUCGUGAUGAAAUAAAAAAAAAGAAAAAACUCAUGUCGCAGCUCCUUCUACGUUUUCCUGACUCAGUGCUUCUUCUAGUGACGUAAGCUUCUGCAGUUCUUAGUGUGCCAAGCAUGACUUCAGAAUUUAUUACCAAGACGUUUCAUUUGGAGCCCUAGAGUCUCGCUCCAGUUGUGAAUAUGUUGUAUACGCCGUGUAGAAUUAGUGUAUAUAAUGUUCUAUUGUAAGCUCUUAGCUCAUUUUUGCACUGUGUAUAUUCUGCCACUGUACUUUAGCCAAAGUGAUGUUACCGACCGUGUGGUACAUUCUGUUUGGUGAUCUGUACUUU